AUGCCUCGCCGCUUGAAGACUACUUGGGCCAUGCUCAACCCUUCCUCCUCCGCUCCUCGCUCCCUGACGACGCGGCCUCCCCCGCCAUCGUCUGACGAUUCGGAAUGCUCCUCCUCCCCACCUCGCUCGCCGCCGCCGCCACCUCCCCUGCCGUCGUCCAACUCAUCGGACCUCGAGGUCAACCUCGAGGACGAUCCAGAUCGGGAGAGCGAUUCGGAAGAGGAGGAUUUGGCGAUGGCUCAGCAGGGGCCAUGGUCGGAGGAGGUUGCCGUCCUCAACUCCUUGGAGACGGCACGGCACACUCUAGAGAUCUCCGCCAUAGAAGCGGAGCACGCCACCCGGAGGAAGGAUCAUCGAGUGGCGAUGGAGCUGGAAUGCCGCCGGCGUGUGGCUGCAAGGAAAGAACGGGAGGAGGCGGCGGUGGAGAAGGAGCGGAAGGGGCAGACGAACUAG